CAUUGUAAACUGCACAAUGGCAACAAGCCCUAGUACUUCAGGUUUAGAAUCGGGAAAAGCAAGCAAUCGGAGCGACCCAGAUGUCAACUUUUCCCCGGACCCCGCCGAAGACUUCGCAAUAAGCAAAAGUCAACGACUUUGUGUAAUCAACGAAGAGUCUUCACUUCUCCAUGAUCCUGGCCAUUGUGAUUACGGUAACAUGCUAGACUACAGUACUAAGAGUACUGGGGGCCGAAGCUUUCUAUCUUCAACUAGAAGCCAUGGCAUAACAGGGAGCCUUCGUCAACUGCGGACAGCAAGUAUGACAGUAUCGUUGCUGGAGAAGCCGUCGGAAGAUCGCCGGGCCUCAGCAUUUAUGGCUGGUUGGAAUGUUAGCAACCUGAUCCAAGGAACAGGCAUUCUAGGUGUGCCAUAUGCUGUUCGGAUGGGAGGGUGGGCUGGUGUGGCUGCCAUCGUCGUUGUCGCAUGGGUUUGCUGUUUUACCGGGAAGCUCCUGGUCGAUUGUCUUUAUGAAGAGUCAAAACGCACUGGACAAAGAAAGCGCGUUCGAGAAAAUUACCCUGACGUCGGCGAAGCCGCAUGGCCCGGAUGGGGCAAUAAGAUCGUUAGUGUUGUCCAAGUUUGCGAAAUGUAUGGCGGGAUCGUAAUGUACAUUGUUCUCCUUGCUACAAUAUUCUAUGACAUGUUGAAAGACUUUGCCCCAUUGGACAUCUACAUGUGGGCUGUGGCGUGUGCCGUUGUUGCUCUGCCUCUAAUCUUCAUCACCCGUGUAUCAGUGAUUGCAUGGAUCAGUAUGAUGUCAGUGUUUGCCUUGUUGUCUGGCCUACUAGCCAUCAUCAUCUAUUGUUUCACAGAAUUUGACAGAAUGUCACUGAGCAAUAUCCCAGUCUUUGAGCCAUCCACAUUUCCUAUUGGUUUUGGCAUCAUUGUAUUCAGUUACUGUGCCCAUGCGGUAUUCCCGGGUGUAGAAGGAAGCAUGCAGGACCCUCAAAAGUUUCCAUUGAUGAUGAAUACCUCUUUCACACUGGCUGCAUUCAACAAAGUUCUACUUGGCCUUUUGGCUGUCCUCAGGUUUGGGGACCAAACAGAACAAGUUGUCACUGUCAAUAUGGGAAGCAAGGUGUUUAACUACCUAUCUAAUGCUUUUGUUGUUGCUAAUGUUCUCCUGGCCUUCCCAAUUUGCAUGUUUGUUGUACUAGAGACCUGGGACAAUAAGAUGAUGCCAUUGUUCCCCCACCUACAGCCAAAGAGGAAGUACCACUGGUUCUGGUUAAUCCUGACAAGACCUUUGCUGCUGACAUUUGCACUGUUUCUGUCUGUUAUUGUUCCACAUUUUGGUCUGCUCAUGGGACUAAUAGGCAGUUUCACAGGAACAUGUCUGUCAUUUGUGUUUCCUUGUGUCUUCCAUUUGAAAUUGAAAUGGAAGCGGCUUGCAUGGUAUAGUGUGGUAUUAAGGGUUUUUGUAAUAUUUUUUGGCUUGGUUUGUGGUGGGUUUGGAUUAGUUUUCUCAGGCAGGGAAUUAGUCAAAACGUUUGAAAGCUAAAAAUCAUAUUAAAAAAAAGGGGUUUGCGGUAUACUGCUUUCCUAACAGUCAACUACAUCAACUAGUCAACUUUAACAAAAUAAUAAUAUUGUAACUCUGUGUGAGACUGUACAGUUACUCUCUUUAAGACUGUAAAUCUGCAUUUAAUAAGAUCUGUCAAGUCAAAAAAUCAUUAUGCAGCCUAGUCCCAGGCGCUUUUAUUGGGUUUCCUGUGGAUGGUAAGAGUUGUGACGUCACAGAAAACCAUCUCCCCUAACGCCUAGUGAAAUUCGCCAAAUCCAAAAUGGCGACCAGAGAAUAGCGAAUAUGCUGCAGGAAAAUCAACCUUAUGUUAUGUAAAAGUAGCAAACGGAGGAAUACGUUCAAAGACGCUUGUAUUUUAUGGGUUGGCUUGGCUGUUUUGCCUCAAAGAUUCGAUGAGAUGUUUGGAGGAGUUUGUUCCACGCAUAACCGCACACAUGCUCAUAUUGGUCAUCUUUCAUAAUUUCUCAGCGGUGUGCAGAACGAACUGACACUCUUGGUAAUGACUUAUUUUAGCUGUUUCAAUGUCAAAUUUAGUUUCAGAUUUUAUACUUAAACUUUUUGUUUGUUGGCGAUGAUAAAUAGAAACACUGCAGCUUUUGUUGUUUUGUUUUUAACUGUAAUUCUUUUUCGGAAUGUUCAGUUGAGGGUAGGGGGCAGAUGCUUCCCACUCAACCAACACCUGGGUAUGCAAGGGUGAUCAAUGCAUGAUGCACUACAUGAGGCUAACACCAACUAAUCACUGAAUUUGUAUUUUAUUUUCAUUGUUGCCACUAAAUUUAGAAAUCACUCCAGUAUAUCCCAAGUUGCCCUUGUCUUUGCCCUUAGCUUUAACAGAUCAGGUGAUUGUAUAAAGGCUUUUAUCAGACCAUUUUGUGUCAUUCCUAUAAUCUCACAGAGAGCUGCAUGUGCUGGUAGCGAUAGAAAGAAAUAGUUAAUGGCCAAAGUAUUAGAUUGUAGUUUCUAGUAGGAGUAGAUGGGACACGAUGAUGACAUUUCAAUUAGUUUAUGUUAUGCGAGUUUAGCUCUACUAAAGAAUAAUGUUAUCAAGCAAGUAAGCAGGCCUGUAGCUAGGUGAAGAAGAGGAAUUUGGUCAAACUAACCCACUUUACUGGGAGUUGUGUUCAAAUAAAAGAUAAAUUAGUAUCACUGUAGGCUAAGGGGAACUGGGAUACCCAGGUAGUACCACGGCAAAAGAAGAAACCUGAGAGAAAAAUGGUUUGCUGAAAAGCAAAACUAAACCCCUAAAAAAAUUCUGGCUAUAAUGGCCCAUGAUUUUCAAAAUACAUCCCACCAGGCUAAUGUUUUUUAACAGCUACUCUUGUAAAACAAAUAAAAA